AUGGGAGAUCCUGUAUCGGUCGCAUCUGGGAUCGCGGGUCUUGCCACACUUGCUAUUCAGGUCGCUGGUGCUGUCUAUGGCUAUGUCAGCGCCGUCAAGGAACGCACCAAGAAUGUCAGCGAGCUACGUGACGAACUUCUGCUUCUGGGAGGCGUGCUCACAGAGCUCAAUGACUUCAUCAAUAGCGGACCAGCCAAGACACAUGAGUUUGAUGGAGACAGUGUCUUGCAGAAUGCCCUACGAGCCUGUCGCCAGCGCAUCGAGCGUAUUGGCGACAAGCUCAGGACUCCAGAUGGCAAGUUCAAGAGAGCAGUCGAGCGGCUGAUAUGGCCAUUCAAGGAGGAAGAAGUUCUUUCAUUGAUGGACUCACUGAGGAGGUACCGGUCUACUUUUGCAUUCGCGGCGGAUAUCCAGGGGUACAAGAUACUCCUCAAAAACACGACAGACACGGAGAAGACUGUCAUAGGUAUUCAAAAGCUGGAGGAGCAAAUGGCGGAGUUGACAGGCGUGGAAGCUAAUGAGAAACGGCAAGCACAACUCAAAGCAGUCCUGGACCUCCUGCCAUUGCUGAAGAGUACAUCCAAUGAUAUGCGGGAAGUUACGAACGCCGCGCGCCUGCAAGAGAUGCGAGAGCAGGAGCGACGCAAGUCUGAUAUCCUAGACUGGCUGUGUCCCAUCGAAGACCUCCGAAAGAACAAAGAUUUACAGAACCAUCGCACUCCAGGCACUGGUCAAUGGUUGCUCGAGACACCAGAGUUUCAGUCGUGGCUUAGUAACGAUGUGCAAGACUUGGUCUGUGUCGGCGGUCCGGGUGUGGGUAAGUCUGUCUUGUGCACCAAAAUCUUGGACAAUCUUGUCGAAAGAUAUGGUGGUAACGAGGACAUCCGCGUCGCUCACUACUAUUUUGACUACUCUGAGGUUGAUCUGAGGAACGAUGUUCACAUGAUCCGCAGCAUUCUACGACAAUGCUGUGUACCAUGUGCGACCAUUCCACCAGCCGUCUCGGAGUUUUACCAGAAGACAAGAGACGUCGAGAAGGAUCGGACCUGGUUUCGAAAGCUGCAACGAGUGUUUCAACGCGUCAUCUCAACCCAUUCCAGCAUUUUCCUGGUGAUUGAUGCUUUGGACGAAACGAACGCCGUGACGCAACGACCUGGAUUCUUUCAGGCCAUUCAAAGCAUCCGUGAGGAGUACGCUGGCCUGAAGAUUCUGGUCACGACCCGUCCACACUUGCUGGAAGUUGUCCCUCAGUACCUCCAAAACUCCGCGAGUGUUGCCGUAACCGCUACUGAAGAAGAUCUACGACGUUUCCUCCUCCAUAAGAUCGAGAAGUACCCAGACUGGGAAGCUAUAUUUGACGACAAGCUGAAACAUGAGGUGGUUGAGGAGCUAUGUCAAACAGCCAACGGAAUGUUUCUGUUGCCAUCUCUACAAAUCUCCAAUAUCCUGGAGUCCUCCUCGAGGGCCGACGUCAGACGCUCUCUGAAGUCUCUGUCGAGCGACUUGACCGGUGUCUUUACGUCAACAAUCGAGCGCAUACAGAGGCUGCCACCGCGCUGGUGUGAUAUUGCUUUCCAGACUUUGAUGUGGCUCUCUCAUGCCCGGAGGCCAUUGACCAUGACAGAAUUGCGGCACGCUCUAGCUGUGCAAGACGAAGACGAGGACCUCGACGAAGACGCCCUGAUAUCACCGAGGAAGAUCCUCGAAUACUGCAACGGGCUCGUUGAACACGAGCACGACUCUGGCGUUGUACAUCUGGUCCAUUAUACCCUUGAGGAGUAUCUCGUUAGCCACGAACACAAUCUGUUCAAAGAUGCCGAGCUCGCUAUCCUAAGGACGUGCUUGAAGUAUUUGUCUCUUAGAUCCUUGCAAGACGUGUCGCAAGGCAGUCGAGUUCACGCACAGACAGUAAUGGCGAGGCGCCCAUUUGGCAACUAUGCCGCCAGCUACUGGGGCUUCCACGCCCGAGAGAUCGAGCUUGGAAAGUACGCAGACCUCGUCUUACCUAUUCUUUCGUCCAGUCAAGCACUCAUGGCCGUAGUCAAGGUGCGUGACGCGAACACAGCUGACCAGCGGAAAUAUAACGACCGCGUGUGGCAAUGGAGCCACGCUCCAAACGGAGGUGGAGGAAUUAGCCUUGCAGUCAGCUUUGGGCUGACAGAGCUUGUGCGUUAUCUCAUCGGUCAACAGGAAGAGCCGAACCUGACCGCAAGAAACGUCCACGGGUCUUCAGCUCUGCAUGAAGCAAGUUUCCAUGGGCAUGAGGAGACGGCGGAGUUGCUUAUUGUGGAAGGUGCCAAUAUCUUCGACAAGAAUCUAGCAAAGAGUACACCGAUGUACCUGGCUGUCUCAUAUGGGAGAAUAAGUAUGGCCAAAGUACUGCUUAAGUAUGGCCACCAGCAGCUCGAUGUACAAUGCGGAGGUGGCCAGACAGCAUUGCACAAGGCAGUCGAUUUGGACUCGGAGACGAUGGUCCAAUUCCUGCUUGAUUCGAAUGCUUUGAUCGGAGCCAAUGACGACCGCAACAACACGCCUUUACAUGUCGCGGCGUUGAGGGGCUCUUUGGCGAUUAGCAAGAUGUUGAUAAACGCGGGAGCAUUCAUCUCGGCGCAGAACAGGCUUGGGCUCACACCGUUGGACCUGGCAGCAACAGCUGGACAUGCUGCGGUCGCCCAAGUACUCCUCGAACACGGAGCUGAUGUGUCGCAUAGAGCUCAUGAUCAAUGGACGGCCUUGCACCGAGCAGCCCGCGGAGGACACGUGGAUACAGUCGUCAGCUUGCUCGAAUACAGAGCAGACCUUCUGACGACCGACAUCAAGGGCAACAUUGCGCUACAUCACGCCGCCCGAGCUGGACAUCUCGAGACGGUCGAGCAGCUCAUCGGCUACGAGCCCUACUACACAGAACAGCAAUUGCUCCAGGUCGACCAUGCUGAAGCACGACCUCGGGAGGUCGCCUUCUUUUGCGCCCACUACGAUGUCCACAAGUAUCUCCGUUCGCUUGAAUGGCAGCUGCUUGGGGCGCCGGGCGCGGAGAACAAUGUCACCCUGGCCAUCGAGCGCGGCGACAAGGAUCUCCUGCACAGCCUCUUGCAGCAAGGGAUGCUCAACGUCAAUGCCACCGACGAAGACGGACAGCCACCACUGCAUGUGGCGAUCCAGGAAAAACAGGAGGAGAUUGCUGAACUUCUGAUGACAGCAGGCGCUUCAAUCGAGCAGAAAGGCUACCAUGGCUGGCGAGCAUUACAUAUCGCGGCCAGCCUCGGUGACGCUGACCUGGUAGACUGGUGCCUGCAGCAGAACGCAGAUGUCCACGCCAAAACCUCGACGGGACAGCAGGCAAUACACAAAGCCGCUUCUUCCAGAUCCCUUCCAGCCGUUCGCCGGCUCCUCGAGGCAGGCGCCAACGUCGAAGCCCGCAACGACCGCGGCAUGACACCUCUCCUUGUCGCAUCCCACCAGAACGACGUCAACACUGUUCGUGCUCUGGUAAGAGAGUACAAAGCCGAUCCGUUCAGUCGAGAUCGACAUGGCUUUACGGCGAUGCAUUGGGCGGAGAAGAGUGCGCAUUUCGAGAUUGUCAAGUUCUUGAGGCAGGAGAAGAAGACUGCAGAGAAGGAGCAGGGGAAGCUGAAGCGGUUUGGGACGAGUAGUAGUGAUGUCAGGCUUGCAAGUCGGGAUAGCGUGGACACUCUCACGCAGGAUCUGCAUUUGGAAGAGCUGGAAUUGGCAUAG